UGAUUCGUAUAUGCCCACUUCCAUACAAAAUGGCUUCGCACGCGUUAGCGCAAAUGCUCGAUGAGUUAAUGGGCAAAGACAGAAACUUAGCCCCUACAGAAAAAAGAGACCAAGUUCAUUGGAGUGACCCUGAUGUAUGCAAACAUUUUCUGGUCAAUUUUUGUCCUCAUGAACUUUUCACCAACACAAGAGCAGACCUGGGACCCUGUACAAAGCUGCAUGAUGAAGCCCUUAGAAAAGAGUACACCAAAAGUUCAAAGUCUGGAAAGAUGGGAUAUGAAGAUGACUUCCUGCGAUUUCUACAGGGAUUGAUAUCUGACGUAGAGAAAAGAAUCCGCAGGGGACAUCAGAGACUGGCGUUGAAUAAUUCUCAGGGCAGUUUGAGUAGCAAUUUGAAUUCACUGAAAGAUGACAAAAUAAAGAUGCUUACAGAAAGAAUUGCUGAUCUAGUACAACAGGCAGAAGAAUUGGGAUGUGAGGGGAAGGUGGAGGAAGCUCAGGGGAUGAUGAAACUGUGUGACCAGCUGGAAGAAGAACGCAGAGAUUUGGAAAGUAGCAAGCUACAGCAGCAGUCAAAUGAACCUGAGAAGACGAUGGAGGUGUGUCAGGUGUGUGGAGCCCUGCUGGUGGUGGGGGAUGUCCAGCAGCGCAUUGAUGAACACCUGAUGGGCAAGCAGCACGCGGGCUAUGCCAGGAUCAGGGCCUUCGUCGAGGACUGGAAACAGAAAAAGAAUCAAACUGAUGAAGAAAGAGAGGCCAGACUUAAAAAGGAAAGGGAAGAAAGAGAGAAGGAAAGAGAAAAAGAAAGAGAAGAAAGACGACAGAGAGAAAAGGAAAGGGAAAAGGAAAGAGAGGAACGUGAAAGAGAAAGGGAAGAACGGGAAAAGAAAAGACGAGAGGAGAGGGAAAAAGAAAGAGAGAGGGAAAGAGAUCGCUCCAGGCGUAGAAGAUCACGAAGCAGAGACAGGCAUCGUAGAUCAAGGAGCCGAGGGCGUAGAUCUAGAAGUAGGUCAAGAGAUCGUCAUCGUUCCCACCGCAGAAGGUCAAGGUCAAGUUCCAGAUCUCGCACAAAGGAUCGUGACUCAAGGCGCAGCAGCAGGAGCAAGGAAAAAAGUAAAGAAAGACGAUCUCGCAGCCGAGACAGAAGAGAGUCAAGGGACAGGAGGUCCCGGAGCAAGCGGUCCAAGAGUCGAGAAAGGUCAGAUGACAGAAAGUCAGGAGACAAGAGAGAAAGGUCCUCAGACAGAAAAUCAAAAGAGAGAGAAGAAGAAAGUAAAGAUGAAAGUGACAACAAAGGAACUGAAAUGGUCAAUUCUACAAAUGAUGAAAAUGAACAAGAGGAGGCACAGCCUGAGAAUACUGAGAGCCAGGAUGCUGUACCCAAUGACACUGAGGCACAAGAAGACAAUUAGAAAUUGAGGUGACAUAAUCUGUGUCAAUGACACCUGACCAGGUAAGUGAUAGCCGUGCUGGACUUGUUUACAUCUUCCUUUCAGGUCACAGGUAAGAGGCCCAACCCCAGCCCCGUAUUAGAUAGAUAAAUGUCUUUCAUUGAACGAUUAAAUCUUUUUUUAGACUUUGAGUUAUUAUAUUCCAAGUGGAGUCUUCUGUGAGUAGUAGUCAAGGAAAGUUUGUAAAUAUUGAAAGAUUAUUCAAUUGUAAUUAUGACCUCCUGACCUGAACAUAAUUAACCAUGAAGGUUUUAACAUUGGUGAUGUGGACUGUUUUGUAUUCAAAACUAACCAGUGUUUUUCUCGUCGAGACUAAGAAUCAUAAGUUUAGAGUCUGCCGGGCAGGAUGGCUCAUAUUCUCUCACUAAGCGGACCAAUUUCAGGAUGAGAUAUACGUGUUUUGUAAAAAUGAAUUCAAAGCAGGUGAGAGUUAAAACUAUACAAUGGAUAAAAUAGGCUUUUCAUUGAAAACACAGUCUUAGAAUUGCAAUUAUUUUGUGAAUAUACUCUCUUUUCUUUUCUUAUCAUUGUAAAAUUCAUGCAAGUUCUUAAGUAGUAUCAAGAAACAGAAAGUAGGAAUCCCAGUAAAAUAAAAGGUAAGUUUUAGACGUUAUAGUAACCAAGACAUAGAAGAACUACAGACGAGAUUGAGGAGGAGAAGGAGGUAUUCAAGGUGUUGUCAAAUUCCAGCUGUGUAACGUGAUAAUUCUGCAUGAGAAACUUCAUGUUCCGCAAAUGAUAGGACAUGGAGGACACUUGGUAUCAGAACCUGUUUUUGGGGGGCUUUAGAAGUCGUUCGUUUGUUAAGAGAGCUGUAUAAAAUGAAAAUAAAAGGUUAGUGAAUAAAAUGGUUGAAUAAGAUAAUCCACCAUAGAAAUUGGUGAUACACAGAGAAACGUUAAAAAUGAGGUUAGUGAAGCACUCUCACGGCUGCUGCUGGUACCUUCCGAAAAUGCGUGAGCGACAUUGCAUGCCCAAGAAAUUCCAAGGUUAGUGGCAUCUGGAUGUCAAUGUCACUCCAAAAAACAAUGUACAUAAAAAGAUGAUGCUUCUGUUUUCAGUUUCCUUGAUACCUUUGCGAAAAUAGCUUCAUGGUUGUGUAGAAGCUUGGAUUGACUAUACUGUCAGUGAUACUUAAAAACAUCUCUAUACAUUGCCAGGUAUGCCUGUAAUGAAAGGAACACUGUGUUGGGUGUAUAAAAAGGGGUUAUUUUCAUUUCCUGAUAAUUCAUCAAAGAUUUUAUUUUAUAUUUUUCUUCUUUUCUUUUUUAAUUUUUUUUUUACCAACAUUAAAAAAAAAGUUAUCAAUAAAACUUGUUUGAAAAAAAAAAAGAAACAAUGUAAUUGAAGUAUAAAGAAAGAUACAACAAAUUAUGUUUUCAAAACUUCUGUCCAUCCAGGAGUAAUGAAAAUUAAUGAUUUUUUUAUGAUAAUAAAUGGUGAAUUAAUUGAUAACAUUUCUAGUUAUGAAUUUAGUGUGUUCCUGCAUGGAAGAAACCGAAUUUCUGCGUAUGUUAAUUUUUUGAGUUUUUCCAGAGAAACUUUUAUUUUCUAAAUAGGUUACUCUGAACUGAAAUGGUCCAAUAUUGCAUUGUUCAUAUUCUGAACUCUAGGCUUUUGGAGUGUGCCUCGAUUAUUUACAUACAUGUUUUAUGAUACAAUAUAUUGAUAAGUUAGCUUCAACUUUUAUACAAUAAAUUCUGAAGAUGAUUUCUGUUCUGUUUUGCAGGUGAGAACUUCGAAGAAAUUAUCUCAUGUAUACCUAUGGACAUUUUUCCAGUAUAUUCCUGUUUGAAUUAAGAAUUAAUUUCUGUAUUGUUGCCAAGCUUUGGAUAAACUUGUUUACAUAUCCAACAGUGAACUGUUUGUUUGGAAAUAAACUUUCUUGUACUUA